AUGCCACUGAUCCACGCCUACGCCCGGGCGAUUCGGCAGUGCGCCGCCAAUCUCCCCGACGCGAUCUCUCUCCACUCUUGCAUUGCGGCGGCCGGAUUCGGCACGGAUCCAGAUCUCGGAGCGCUGCUCAUCCAGCUCUACGGCAAGUGCGGCAGCGUCGAUCGAGCUCGAUCCCUGUUUGAAUCGCUGCCCCGGAAGAGCUCUCUGUGCUGGAAUUUCGUCAUCGGCGCGUACGCGGGCAAUGGACGAGGGGAAGAAUCGCUGUAUCUCUUUCGGCGAAUGGCACUCGAGGGAGAGAGGCCCGACCGGCACACGUUUGUUCGAGUUCUUGGAGCUUGCACGAACACGGCUCAAGGUACCGCAAUCCAUCGCCAUAUCUCUUCCUCGGGGCUGGAAUUUGAUCUCAUGCUCCAAAAUUCUCUCGUGGCGUUGUAUGGUAGAUACGGGAGGGUCGAUCUCGCGAGAUCCGUGUUCCAAUCCAUUCCGGAGAAGAGCCUGGUAUCCUGGAACGCGAUGCUCACCGCAUAUGCCCGGAACGGGCAUUCGAGAGAAGCCGCUCAUGCUUACAACGAGAUGAUCUUUACCGGCAUUGAGCCGAAUGAGAUCUCGUUUUCCAGCGGUCUCGGGUCCUGCGACGAUCUGGAGCUGGGGCGAUCAAUCCACACGAGAACUCUGGCGGAGUUUCCUGCGAUUUUCUUCGAGGCAAUGGCGCAAACCUCGAUCGUAAGCUUCUACUCGAGGCUUGGUCGUGUGGAGAUCGCCAGAGCUUUCUUGGAGGAGACAAAGGUGGCGAGUGUGGCUCCGUGGAACGCUAUGAUCGCUGGGUAUGCCCAGCACGGGCUUGUCAGGGAAGCUCUCGGGGCAUACCAUUCCAUUGACUUGGAGGGGCUAGAGCCGAAUCACAGGACUCUCACCACGGUUCUUGGUGCCUGCUCGAGCUCCAGGGACUUGAAAACCGGAAAGAUGAUCCAUUCGCGAGCUGUUUGCUGUGGAUUCGACAAGGAAGAUCAAGUUCUCCAAGUCGCUGUUGUGAACUUCUAUGGGAAAUGCGGGGCAGUGGCCGAUGCUCGACGAGUUUUUGAUGGCAUCGCGCAGAAGAGCGUCGUGGUGCAUACUGCCAUGAUUGGUGGAUAUGCACAACACGGGCAUAGCCUCGAGGCACUGGAGAUCUACCAUGCGAUGAACGUUCCGCCCAACAGAGUGACAUACUCCACUGUUCUAGCUGCGUGCUCGACUUUGGAGCAAGGAAAGGCGAUCCACCAGCGAAUUCUUGCAAGGGCGUUUUUGAUCGAAUGGAGCGGCGAGACUUGGUGGCAUGGAACACGAUGCUCGGGGGAUAUGUCCAGAGCGGUCGAGGGAAAGAAGCGCUGGAGCUGUAUGAAGAUAUGAAGAUGGAUCCCGACUCCACAACUCUGUCGACGCUUCUCGGUGCGUGUUCUUUGCUGGGAGAUUUGUCAUCCGCUCGCUGGUGAACAUGUACGCCAAGUGUGGGAGCGUCGGGACCGCGAGAGAAGUUUUUCACGCAUUCCGAGCUGGUUUUGGCGCAU